AUGGAACUUUCCCUGUUUGUGACGUGCAUCCUGGCUGUUGUGUCCAUGGCCCUGGCCAAUCCACUCAUAGAUGAGGAAUGGGAAAUCUGGAAGCAGAAUUAUGGGAAGAGCUACUCUAGUAUGGAAGAAAAUCAAGCUAGGCGAGCAGUGUGGCUGGAAAACCUGGAGAAGAUUCAAGCUCACAAUAUUCAGUAUAGUCAAGGAAAUUCUUCCUAUGAAAUGGCUAUGAAUCAGUUUGGUGACCUGACAUCCGUGGAGUUUGUUCAGUUGUACACUGACAUGAGGAUGUACGAAUUGGCAAAUUACACCAGUGAGAUAUUAUUUGAUGUUGAACCAGAAGAACUGGAUGAAGUUGAGGAGGUUGGCGCUUUACCCUCAAAAAUAGAUUGGCGGACUAAAAACUGGGUCACCAGUGUAAAGGAUCAGGGCUGGUGUAAUUCCUGCUAUGCAUUCACUGCUAUUGGUGCUCUGGAAGGACAACUGGCCAAGAUAAAGCAUCAAUAUGUUGAACUGAGUGAACAAAAUGUCAUUGACUGUUCAGAUGAUUAUAACAAUUAUGGCUGCAGGGGUGGCUUGCCAUAUCGUGCCUUUGAAUACAUACAUGAUCAUGGCAUUCAGUCCAGUAAAUCAUACCCAUACCAAGCAAAGGCUGCUUGUACCUGGUGCCGAUCACCAGCAAACCUGGCCUUUGAAAUACCCUUCACCGUCUCCACAAAUAGUAUUCAGAGCAUUCGUGAUGCCAAGUGCGAUAGUUGCCUGUAG